AUGAAAGCUAUUUUCAUACUAACAGUAUUAAUAGUACAAACUAAUUGUGAUAUUAACAUUACUCGAAUCAACUUACCCGAAGAGCACUUACCCUACUACUUCAGGAACUUCCCGGAACAAUGCUCGCAAGAGGCCAAUUGCAAAGGAUAUUUGAACAAAAACGUGUGCUGGGGAUACGAGUUCGAUUGCGAAUGGAGCAAUCAUUAUUCGAAGCUGAAAUGCCCCGGCGACCACAAAGGCUGGGUGAAGACGAAAAAGGCCCAAGAGACCACCUUCCACGCUCAAGCGGAUUUCGGCUACAUUGGGCAACAAUUGAGGGAACUGCAAUUACUAUGCGAACCUCUAUUCCCCGACGAUAGCUCGUUGGAAUGCUCCGAUCAUUUGCAAUUCUGCCGAGGCCGCAACUUGAUGGUUAAUUUCACGAAAUUACUCCACCGAGACGAUCCUAUUAGAUACAAAAUGGACGUUCUAGGAGAGGGAGAUAUCGGUGGUUAUUGCGAUUUAAAAAAAUCCGCAUUAGACAAGCAAGCCGACCAGAUAAGUCCUCUACAAAGCUGGGCUCCUGAAAUCCGGCAUUUUAAACAGCUGAAAAGGAGGCCCAUCAUCGAAGGAGACUGUGAUGUUGUCGUAGAAAAGCCUACUUUCAUCAUGAAAAUAGAUGCCACUGUAAAUAUGUACCAUCACUACUGCGAUUUUCUGAAUUUAUACGCUUCACUCCACUUAAAUGCCUCCCGAGAAGACGCAUUUUCCACCGAUGUGCACGUUUUAGUAUGGGAAACUUACACGUACCGAUCAGCGUUUCGAGACACUUGGGAAGCAUUUACAGACCACCCCAUAUGGGAUUUAAAAACGUUUCGAGGAAGUACGGUGUGCUUUAGGAACGUCGUGUUUCCUCUACUACCCAGAAUGAUCUUCGGGCUGUAUUACAACACGCCGAUCAUCUACGGCUGCGAGAAAAGCGGGCUGUUCGACGCGUUUUCCAGGCACGUUUUACAUCGGUUGAGGAUCCCGGAGAUCGCCAGGUCGAACGGGAAAAUCAGGAUCACUCUGUUGUCCAGAAACACCAAGUACAGGAGGGUUUUAAACGAGGCCGAGUUAAUGAACGGGCUGGAAGAAAUCGAGGAGUUCGAUGUGCAAAGGGUGGUGUACGAUCACGAUAUGCCGUUCAAGCAACAACUGGAAAUAUCCAGGAACUCCGACGUGUUUAUCGGCAUGCACGGGGCCGGAUUGACGCAUUUGCUGUUCCUGCCCGAGUGGGCUGCGGUUUUCGAAAUAUACCACUGCGAAGAUAGUAACUGUUAUUUCGAUUUGGCGAGAUUGAAAGGUGUCAAAUACAUUACUUGGGAAAACACCGAUAAAUUGACUAAAAUCGAUGAUGGUUCUUAUUCGGGCGGAGCUCAAGCCAAGUUCGUAAAUUACAAAUUCGACAGAGAAGAAUUCGUACGACUCGUGAGAAAAGCGGCUGAGCAUGUGAAGGGCCACGAGGGCUUUCGAAAGUACAUUAGUCAUACGCGCGACGAAUUAUAA